AUGACCCUCUCUAAAAAUCUCAUCUCCCUCUUCCUCCUCCUCGUCCUCAUCCUCGUACGUGACAGCGGACUCGCACGUGCCAAUGCCAGUGCUUCAGUUCAGUCCCUGAACACUCACGAGCUCAUCAACCCGAAGCUGCCGCCGCGCGCCAUCUCCUCCUCAAAGAAGUUCGAGGGCUCCUCCGACCUCGUCCACCUCCGCUACCACAUGGGCCCCGUCCUCUCCUCCUCCCCCAUCAACAUCUACCUCAUCUGGUACGGCAAGUGGGCCCCAUCCCAGAAGCUCCUCAUCACCGACUUCAUCCAAUCCAUCUCCGCCGAUGCGCACUCCGCCGCCGCCCCUUCCGUCGCCGAGUGGUGGCGCACCGUCUCCCUCUACACCGAUCAGACCGGCGCCAACGUGUCCCGAAACGUCGUCGUCGCUGGCCAGUACUCCGACCUCCGUUACUCCCACGGGACCCACCUCACCCGCCUCUCCGUCCAGCAGGUCAUCGCCUCCGCCGUCAAAUCAGCCCCCUUCCCCGUCGACCACAAGCACGGCGUCUACCUCAUCCUCACCUCCGAGGACGUCACCGUUCAGGACUUUUGUCGAGCGGUUUGUGGGUUCCACUACUUCACCUUCCCCUCCAUGGUGGGCCACACUCUCCCCUACGCCUGGAUCGGAAACUCCGGCAAGCAGUGCCCGGAGGUCUGCGCCUACCCGUUUGCCCUCCCCGGGUACAUGGGCGGAGGUGGGCCGGGAUCUCUCUCGCCCCCGAACAGGGACGUGGGUGUGGACGGGAUGAUCAGUGUGAUCGGGCACGAGCUCGCCGAGCUGGCCUCGAACCCGCUGAUCAACGCCUGGUACGCCGGCGAAGACCCAACGGCGCCGACGGAGAUCGGAGACUUGUGCGAAGGAUUGUACGGUACUGGCGGCGGUGGCGGGUACAUUGGGCAGGUGAUGCGGGACAGGGAAGGCAGGACCUUCAAUGUGAAUGGAAGCAAAGGGAGGAAGUUUUUGUUGCAGUGGAUUUGGAGCCCUGUUCUCAAGGCCUGCGCUGGGCCUAAUGCUUUAGACUAA